AUGUCAAUUCGCAUUACCGUGCCCAGUCCCCUCACAACUCCUGGGCUGCCGACACCCCUCCAGCUGUCCAUCAACACCACCAAUGCGGCAACUGAGCUUAUCAACAACUCGUAUCUUACAUAUCUCGUCCCAUCCGAGACAAACAUAAAUUUGGAAAAGGCCUUUGAGGGCUUUGACGGCUCGAAGCCAAUAAACGAACUCAUAGAACAAAGAGACACGUUAUUCUUCGAUGAGACUGUUGAUGUCUUGCUUGUCCUCAAGACGCCAUGGCUCCCGAGGAAAGAGCUCGACUACCAUCUCAGCAGGAUAAGCAUAUCUCUGGAAGCACAAGUGGCCAAUAGCAGCCUGCCAGGCCGCGAGUCGCCCAGUGCUUCGGAGAGCAUCUUCAGCGGGAGGCUGCAGGAGACAAAGAACCCCUUCAUCGUCGAAGAUGAAGACAAGGGCGCCGAAGAGGAGGAAGAGGAAGAGGAGCUGCCGCGCCAUGUAUAUGCCAUGUGGAAAAUGCCCGUGCUUCUCCUGAGACCGCGGAUGCGUCUUCACAGCCCCUCAGUCGUCUUCUCGGCAUCCGCAAGCCUCGAUCCGGAUCUCUGGACCGAGCCAAUCGCCCCCGACGUCGGCUAUCUGACGAGCGGGAUGCCGUCGGGCCUCAACCUCCUCGAGUCCUUUGGCAGCGACUCCGCUCUCAACGGCGUCAAGCCGCGCCUAUCCGCGCUGCGAGUAUCACGAGUAGCACCCGUCACUCGCCAGCAGGACUUCAUGACGCGCCUCCGCACGCUGCCGCAGCUGAGCAUCAAGAUCUUCCCGGUCCUCCACACGAGGAUACGCUUCUCCCGCCCGAGCACGAUACCCUUAAGCGCAACCAUCGUCGCCCUCCUGGAGAUUGACUUCACCUCCCACUUCAACUGCGAGACUCUCCUGAACGACAUCAAACUCUCGACCCCCAGCGGCAUCGUCGAGAACCUCAACGACGCAGCCGGCCUCGGCCUCCCGCUCAGCUGCGUCUCGCACGACCACAUCACGUUCCUCUAUCACAUCAAACCGAAACAGACCGAGGCCAACAUCCCCAGAGACACCUCCGGAAACCUCGAAAUCUCCAUCUCAGCGGCCGUCCACGUCGUCCCCGGCGUCUGCACCCCAAGCCUCAGCAUGAGCUGGACCACCGCCAUCGACUUCUCCCUCCCCGUCAACCCCAGCUUCGGCACGGCCUCCGAGUCCGGCAUCCAGCGCUCCCACCGGCCCACGCAGCUCUCCAUCGGCAGCGUAGCCCAGGCCAUUAACCAUCUGAAAUCCCCCUCCGCGAUCCGCCCCGACGCUCUCCCCUCGCUGGAAGCGUCCACCAACCGCACCGAAGCCGUCGUCCCGGAACUCGGCAUCACCAUGUCCUUCACCGCGCCCCCCCACCCAGUCCAUCCCGGCGACAUCUUCUCCUGGACCGUCUAUGUCGUCAACCGCACCUCAUCCGAAAGAGGUUCAAACCGCCCCCCGCGCAAGCUCGCCCUCGUUGCGGUCCCCAAGCGGCGACGCAACGAAGUUCGGCCCAUCCGCCCGCCGUCAAGCAGCGGUCGACGCCGCGGGGAGAAGGAAAUCGCAGACGCGGUCCUCGACGAAAACGUGCUCCACGCACUGCAGAAGAACGCCGUGGUUGAGUCAACGGAGCUCAUCUGCCUCAGCGCCGAUACACGGGUUGGCCCCGUAGCACCGGGGGCGUGCCACGUUACAGAAUUGCAGUUCUUGGCGUUACGAGAGGGUAUUGUUGGUCUCGACGCUAUUCGGGUCGUCGAUCUGGGGUCACAGGAGCACGUCGACAUUAGAGAUUUACCAACCAUGAUAGUAGAACCAAUAGCGGCGGCUGCUUGA